AUGGUCUGGGUCCGGACCGCAGUCCGCCUAUUUGUGACCUCGAGAUUAGAAUAAAACGACAUAAACAAAACACUGCCAAUGGUAAGAAUGAGAAGAAAGCUGUUACCCUUAAGCGCAACCCGUGAUCUCGCUCUUUCACGCCCAUUUCUUUUCCAACUGAGCUGGAGAUCUUCCCAUUCAGGAUCCCUCGAUUUAUGAUGCUGACAUCGGGGACCGAGAGGCAGCAACCCGACGUAACAGAUCUGGCCAAGAGGGCAGCAGAAACAGCAAACAUCACAGCUCUAUCAAGAUAUCUGAAGUGACCACUAAGGACUGGAUUGAUUAUAAUGUUGCUACAAUAACGCAGCGUCAUAAAGAGACUCUCAAAACAGAAUCCAGUGAAGCAGCAAUGGACCAAGCAAGGUCAACGAUAUCCCAAAUUUUUAACAGUGAGCCGCACUCCUACACACGAUUCAACUUGCCACAGAGCAUGGAAGGAGACAACAGCCAGGUGGAGAUGAUACUGUCAUCUGACAUGAAUGAGGAGGAUGGGGAAAAUGGAGAUGGAGACCACCUCAAUCACAGCUCAAACCGUAAACCGUAUGUGGCUCAAAAUUUUGAAUGCACAACCAAGAACCUCUGCUUCAUGGCAGCUACUAUCGUCUUCACAUUUGCCAUCGGCUACUCGAUCGGCUACCUGGUUCAUCAGAAGAAGGCUUGCAUCUGUGCACCCUCUGUUCUCCCUUCUGAAGUUGAGGAUAUCCAUAACACCGGUGAAGCCCCUGUCAUGGUCUGGGAUGAUGUGAAAAGGCUUCUUGGUCAUAAACUAAAUGCAUCCAGUCUAGAGACUGUACUGAGUGAGUUUACCAGCAGCAGCCACCAGGCUGGUUCUCCUGGUGAUGAAGAUCUGGGAAACAAGGUGCUCAAGAAGUUUAAGGAGUACGGCAUGAAUACCUGGACUAAUGAGCACUUUGUCAAGGUUCAGGAUCCCCCAGCUUCUGGAUACAACAGAAUAGUUUUCAAGAACGGCUCAGAGGAGCGUCCGAGGGGAUUCUUGUCCUACAGUGCCAAUGGAACUGUAACGGGUGCAGUGCUGUAUGCCCGUUAUGGGCAGGAAAAUGACUUCAGACAGCUGAAGAACAUGAGCAUCAACAUGAAUGGCAGAGUCAUGCUGGUCAGAGCUGGAAGGAUCAGCUUUGCUGAGAAGGUGGCCAAUGCAGCCAAAAUGAACGCCUCUGCCGUGCUGAUCUACCCAGACCCCACUGAUUACUCCAUUGGAGAGGACACUCCACUCUUUGGACAUGUCCACAUGGGUUCUGGGGAUCCAUACACCCCAGGCUUCCCCUCUUUCAACCAAACUCAGUUUCCAUCUGUACAGUCUUCAGGCCUGCCAAAUAUCUUGGCUCAGACUAUCACAACAGGACCAUCACAGUGUUACUGUGUGUCUGCAUCCAACAGGCAGCUCAAGGGUAGCUCUCUGCCAAAUGGUUGGGAGGACACCAACAGACUCGGAGACGAGAGCGACGUUAUUACCGUGGAAGUCAACAACGUUCUUACUGAGAAAAGAAUAAAUAAUGUCUUUGGAGUCAUUAAAGGCUUUGUGGAUGCAGAUCAAUACGUGGUCAUUGGUGCCCAGAGGGAUGCGUGGGGCCCGGGUUUUGCAGCAUCCACCGUCGGCACCAGCGUGCUUGUUGAGUUGGCACGUUCCAUCUCUGACAUGGUGAAGAACGAUGGAUUCAAGCCGAGGAGGAGCAUCGUGUUUGCGAGCUGGAGUGCUGGAGAAUAUGGAAGUGUUGGUGCCACCGAGUGGUUGGAGGGUUAUUUGUCCUCUCUGAGCAUGAAAGCCUUCACCUACAUCGACCUGGAUGGCAUUGUGACAGCUCGGAACGGAUUUAAAGUGGCAGCCAGUCCUUUGCUGAACAACCUGAUCCAAAAUACUCUGAACGAGGUGAUGUACGACAAGGACAAGUCUCUUUAUUCUCAAUUUGAAAAGGGUAACUGGGAGUCUAGCAUCAUGGAGCCUCUGAGGUUGGACAGUGCUGCGUAUCCUUUCCUCGCCUUUUCCGGCAUUCCCUCAGUCGCUUUCAGAUUCCACUCUGGUUAUUCAGACUACUCGUACUUUGGCACAAUGCUGGAUACCCGAGAGAACCUGAACUCUGUCACAGCCAGCCAGGUUCCUCAGCUGGCUGUGAAAGCAGGCCAGUUUGCAGGUCACAUAGCGCUGAGGCUGGUCCAUGACCAUCUGCUGCAGAUGGACCUGAAGAAGUACGACCAGCUCAUACGUAGUCACGUGGUAAAGAUUAAUACGAAGGUCAAGGCUGUUCAGAGGAUGCAGCCCCAGCUGUUGCCCAAGGUCCUGACAGCGCAGUGGCUGAUCAUGGCCUCUGGCUCCUACAGCCUUGCCUCUAGAGGGCUGGCAGCCGACAUCCAGAACAGCGACCUGGAGGACAUCGAGAUGUGUCGCAUGAUCAAUGAUCGCAUCAUGGCAAUGGAAAGGAACUUCCUGUCACCCUACAUUUCACCCAGAGACAGUCCCUUCCGUCACAUCGUGCUGGGCUCCGGCCCCCACACCCUCAAAGCUUUGUCCAGCCACCUCGAUGCUCUGAAGACCAAUGACCCCGAGGCCAAGGCCGAGCUGUUCCACAGUCAGUUUGCCCUGGCGACCUGGACCAUUCAGAGCUGUGCCAACUCACUAGCAGGGGACAUCUGGUCGCUGGAUCAGGAAAUCUAGAAACAUCAUUUCCCCUCCCUGAUUCAUGGUUUGGCCCUCUUAUUCCAACUGUCAGUGUGAAAACCAGUAUGUUGUUGUGAUUAAUCAUCAGGUUUUGAAUGGAUAUCUACAAAGUCAUCACACCUCUGUUGCAUAAGGUUAAUUUUCCUUUUUCUAAAAUUCUCCAGCAUAUGAUACCUGAUGAUUAUGUAAGCCUUCCACCUUAAAAAGGAAUUUUCACGUUUUAGAAAAAGCAAAAAAAAAGUCUUGGUAUUUAAAUAUCACAGUCUUCAAUACUGGGAAGCACAGUGGCGUCGUGGUUAGCACUGCUGCCUCACAGCUCGAAUGACAUCUAGAAGGUCUGGGUUCGAUUCCACCUUGAGAUUUCCAUCUCUCGCUGUGUGGAAUUUGCAUGUUCUCCCUGUGUCUGUGUGGGUUUUCUCUGGGUACUCUGGUUUCCUCCCACAGUUCAAAGACAUGCAGUCACUGGGGUUAGGUUAAUUGGUCACUCUAAAUUGGUUGUCUGUUAGCCCUGUGACAGGCUGGCAACAUAUACAGGGUGUUCCCUGCCUCUAGCCCUCUGUCAGCUAGAAUAGGCUCCAGCCCUCCCGCAACCCUGAACAGGAUAAGCGGAAGAGAAUGGAUGGAUGGAAUCUUUAGUACCUUGGUUCUCAUAAUGGGAUGCCAGAUCAUCAAACUACAAACCACUGGGGACAAAUGUUUGGUGGGCCUCAGCCAGGCAUUUUUAUCUUUCUGCAGUAAUUAAACAUAUUCAUCAUUGGUAUUUAAGUCUCAGGAGACCAGCUGAAUGCAUCCUUGUAUGUUUUUAUUUUUAUUUGGUUGGGUCUUGACACCACCUGCUGUUGCAGACUGGUGCAUGAAUGGCAAUCUCUGUUGCAGUGAUUGCUGCAGUAAACCAGCUUCUGCAAAUGUUUCUUUCUGUGAUGCCCCUGUGGACAGUGUGACACCAGGCAGUAUGAUCCAUGGCCAGAAUUUCCCAGUCGUCUGUGGAGCUAGAAUUUGGGAUGCCUGUCUGUUCUGGUGAUGACUCAUGGCCGUCACGGUUGGUGUUGGCCCAGCAGAAAGAACGUGCUAGGAAUGCUGACAGGCUUCGGGACAUCUCGGUGUGGUAUGUGGUCCUGCUAUCUGAAUCCAAGGAUGCUUUUGUGGCACUGCAUAUGGAACAAGUUGAGUCAAUGUUCUAGACUCAUGUAGGUCCUUUAAUGUAGUCAGUCCGGACUUAAGUUUCCCACAGCCAUGACAGUGUUUGGCUUCCUGAGUCAUCGAUACUAAUACUAAGAAGUACUGAUCUUUGUGGUUGUGAAAGGAUGGCUGGACAGUGGACACCUCUGGCAUACGCUCAUCUUUAUCUUGUCUUACACCAUGGAGCUCAUCUGUCUUUUGGCUGGAUGAGAUAAAAAAGUAACCAUCAUCAGAUGAUCUAAAUGAAGCAGCACAGUUUUUGAUCCACAGUUUCAUGUCAUAAAUCCACUUUGAUUAUGAGCCGCUGCUACAGCUAACCUCCCGAUUAGCAGCUACGUCUACUUGCAAAGUACUGUAGUCUUAAUAGCUAGCUAAAUUUGGGAGAGCCUACUAGCUUCAGCUGUGUAGGGGAAAAAGGGGCAGGUGAAAUAACAACUACUGUAUUCUACCAAUGAUAUCGUUUUAGUAAGAUUAAACAAAAAAGUCCAUUUCAUCGUCAGUAUUCAGUUCAAAAACCAUCUGUUUGUAUUAGCACAGAAAGCAUGGUAAAAUGAUCUGAUAACCAUUCCUAAGUAAACGGAUCCAUUGAGCUAUACUGAGGCACAUUCUGGAAAUUACACCUCCGUCAUUAGCAAGUUGCUGGGGAAAAACUGGGGUCAAGUCUUGGACUAAAAAAAAAUCCAGAGAAUUCCUUUGUGCUUUAAAAUGGUCACAUUUUCUGAUUUUUUUUUUUUUUUUUUUUUUUUUUUUUUGUUCCCAAUAAAACUGUGUGCACAUUUUCUCGGCCUACAUUUUACUGCUGCAAUAAACAUUCUGUAUUUGAGUGUUGUUUAAUUAUUCAUUCACAUUAACAUGUAGCUUUGUAGACCCAAUGUACAUUUUUCCUGUGGUCUUAUUACUUUAGUUCUGUUACUGACAUAAAUGGAUGUG